AUGAGUAGAAAAGCUAAAGAAAAAAGUUUCAAAAGAACAGCGGAAGAAGAUGAGGAACAGAGUCCGAAAUCGGCACAUAAGAAGAAGGGGAAAGGGAAAGCUCUGGCUGGAAGAGGGGAGUGUGGAAAUACGGAGCAUCAGAGUGACCUGGCGCGCCAGCCCAGCAACCCUCCACCAGACGAGUACGAGCAGGACACCUCGGACGAGGAGGAUAUCCGCAAUACUGUUGGUAAUAUUCCUAUGGAGUGGUACAAGGAUUAUCCCCAUAUUGGGUAUGACCUGGAUGGGAAGAAGAUCUACAAGCCAAUAAGAAACAAAGAUGAACUGGAUGAGUUCCUGGACAAGAUGGAAAACCCAGAUUACUGGCGCACAGUCCAUGAUAAGAUGACUGGGAUGGAUAUCCGUCUUUCUGAUGAAGAAGUUGAUCUUGUGCAUCGCCUGCAGAAGGGACAGUUUGGAGAUGCUAAUUUCGACCAGUAUGAGCCUUAUGUUGACUUCUUCACACACGAGACCAUGAUCCACCCAGUGACCAAUCGCCCAGAGGACAAACGUAGCUUCAUCCCAUCACUGAUUGAGAAGGAGAAGGUCUCUAAAUUGGUCCAUGCCAUAAAGAUGGGCUGGAUCAAGCCUCGCAAGCCCAAGGACAGCACUCCACAGUACUAUGACCUCUGGGCUAAGGAGGAUCCUGAUGCCAUCCUUGGGAGGCACAAGAUGCAUGUGCCCGCACCUAAGAUGAAGCUGCCUGGACACGAGGAGUCCUACAACCCUCCACCUGAAUAUCUUCUCAGUGAGGAGGAGAAACUGGCAUGGGAACAGCAGGAUCCAGAGGACAGAAAGCUGAAGUUUAUCCCUCAGAAAUUCUCAUGUCUGAGAGCCGUCCCUGCCUUCUCCCACUUCAUCCACGAGAGAUUUGAGCGCUGCCUGGACCUCUAUCUCUGUCCCCGACAACGCAAAAUGAGGGUGAAUGUGGAUCCAGAGGACCUGAUCCCCAGACUGCCAAAGCCAAAAGAUCUCCAGCCUUUCCCCACCACUCAGUCACUGGUCUACCGUGGGCAUUCCAGCUUAGUCAGAUGCAUUAGCGUGUCCCCCAGUGGGCAGUGGUUGGUCUCGGGCUCCGACGACUGCACGGUGCGGUUCUGGGAGGUCAGCACGGCCCGCUGCAUGAAGACACUUGAAGUGGAAGGAGCAGUCAAGAGCGUGGCCUGGAACCCUAACCCAGCCAUCUGCCUCGUAGCGCUCAGUCUUGGGCAAAAGGUGGUGGUGGUGAAUCCCGGCCUGGGAGACCGACUGGUUUCCAGUGCCACCGACCAGCUCAUCUCGUCCUACGAGGAGCAGGAGGAGCAGAAGCCACAGCCUGUGCAGUGGAUCGUCCCAGAAGGCAAGGACUUUGAGAAAGGACUGCGCCUCAUCAUCAGCCAUCCCAAGUCUGUGAAGCAAGUGACAUGGCACGGGAAGGGUGACUACUUGGCCUCCGUGCUGCCGGACAACGGCAACAUGCAGGUGCUCAUCCACCAGCUGACCAAGCGCCGCAGCCAGAACCCCUUCCGGAAGAGCAAGGGCCUGGUGCAGUGCGUGUCCUUCCACCCCAUCCGGCCGUACUUCUUCGUGGCCACCCAGCGCUACGUGCGCGUCUACAACCUCAUCAAGCAGGAGCUCACCAAGAAGCUCAUGGCCAACUGCAAGUGGAUUUCCAGCAUGGCCAUUCACCCUGCAGGUGAUAAUGUGAUCUGCGGAAGCUACGACAGCCGGCUAGUGUGGUUCGAUUUGGAUCUCUCUACAAAACCUUACAAAGUUCUCCGGCAUCAUAAGAAGGCUCUCCGAGGUGUGGCAUACCACAAGCACUACCCACUGUUAGCUUCUGCCUCCGACGAUGGCAGUGUUAUAGUCUGCCAUGGCAUGGUCUACAAUGACCUGCUCCAGAACCCACUGAUUGUUCCAGUCAAGGUCUUGAAGGGCCAUGAGAUCUCCCAUGAUCUGGGCGUCCUGGAUGUGACUUUCCACCCCACCCAGCCCUGGGUCUUCUCCUCCGGAGCCGAUACCACGAUCCGACUCUUCACUUAGAGCAGCUGCAGGCACAGGUGUACUGAGUUUUAUGGGUGCUUAAUGGCUGCACCUGUGAAGAAUAUUUAUGCGCUGGCUUCUUCUGUUAUUGUCAGCCAGGAACUCUGCAGAGAUGAGCUAACUCAGAAAUUGUAUGAGGAAGCUACAGUAUGGAUCCUUACUUUUCUGCAAAAUUUACAACCAGAAAAGCAAACUAUAGAACUCUGUAACCUAAAACCAGUAUCCUAUUAUUUUCUGAAAGUGUCAAGAAUAUGAUUAGGGAAGAUAUUAACCUUCUGUGGAGAAAAUAAUGUAAUAUCUCUACACGGUACUGUUGAAAGUGUCAUUCUACAGUUUCCACAGGUUUUAUCAGGACCAUAUAUAUAUAAAUUCAUACCUCAAAAAUUUGACCCUUGUGAUUUGUUCAAGUUUUCUAUCUAAAAAAUGUUCAGAGCCAAGAGCUCAAAAAGCUGAGAAAGACACCAGACUGUACCAUUUCUUCUGUAAGUCUUGUUAAACUUAGAGGAGGGGGGCAUGUUUAGUUUUCAUGCAGCACCCCAGUCUUGACUGGAUGGGGAAGGCUACUUUGCUGAAAUAUGCAGCAACCUAACAGUGCACGUGACAUGUCAAAUUUGACAGAGUUACUAGGCUGCCAGCGAGAGGUAAUUUGUGCAUAGUGAACUGUGCCAAUGGAAACAUCUGAAAAGACCGACCAAAGCAGAACUGGGUUUAAAGUGCUGUGAUGUAAACUAAUUGAUCGUGCAAGGUCUCCAUUCAUUAUAACAGACAGCUCUUUAGGGAAUAUUUGCGUUGAUGUAAGUGAUAUUCAAUUGAUGACACAUUGCUUUUAUUUGCUGUAUGUGUAAAACCUCUUUUUCUUAUAAAAACCUGUUGAGAACCAUGACUUUUUAAUUAA